AUGCAUCCAGGUACUCGAACGUUCGUGACUGCAGCUGUGGUUACAGGCUUGGCUGCUGUUCUUGUGUUCUCGCGCAUGUAUUCUCGGUUCAUUUUGGUUAAACAUGCUGGAGUUGAAGACUACUUGAUUGUGCUGGCCUUCAUCUUCUCUGUUGGACUCACGGCUGUGAUCGGCCUUGAAGUGAAAAAUGGCUUUGGCGAGCAUACGGCUGAUCUGGCUCCCGAGGCUUUCGUUACGAUAUUCAAGCUACUAUAUGUCAGCAUCAUCAUGUACAGCCUUGGACUGUUAACCCUCAAGACAUCGAUUCUGUUCCAAUACCUGCGUUUUUUUGUGCACAGAACCUUCCGACGACUCGCUUGGGCGCUCAUGGCCCUUGUCGUGAUCGGUGGCUCAGUCUUGGUGCUCACAUCUUCCCUUUCGUGUCUUCCUGUCGCCUUCAAUUGGGACAAGACGAUCGUGGGAGGUCAUUGUCUCAAUCAGCCUCCGCUGUGGUACUUCAUGGCCGGCUUCACCAUAGUUACCGACAUCGCGGUGUUGAUCUUGCCUAUGCCAGUUCUCCGAAGCUUGCACCUGCCAAGGAGACAAAAAUACACCUUGAUGGCUACGUUCGGACUGGCUGGAUUCGGCUGCAUUACUGCCAUACUCAGGCUACAGUCUCUGCACGCAUCCAGUGUGUCGACAGACAUCAUGUAUGAUGGACCACCAGCCCACGCAUGGUCGAGCGCCGAACUCAACAUUGGUAUCAUCUGUGCCUGUGUGCCUAGUCUCCGCCCACUUUUCAGCCUUGCUUUCCCAAGAUUCUUCUCCACCAGCAGACCAGAAUACCUGUCCAACCCAUAUCCUCCUGGCGCCUCGUAUCAGCGAAAUGAUAGCACAGUGGAACUAUCUCGGGUUGCCAAAACGCAAUAUGAAACGACCGCUGUCAGGUCACAGCUGGACAACACUAGUACAGAGGUGGAUGAUGACAAGGCCAUUCAUAUCAAGCAAAAUUGGUCUGUUACAGAGAACCACAUAUCGGCUUAA